GCUACAUACUAAAGGUAGCUAGCGACGGGUAAUUCAGCAAUCGGAGAUGGCGUCGAGAUCAUCAACUCUUGCUGCCAUCAAUGUCGUUGCGCUGCUUGUCCUGUGCGGCCUUCCGGUGAUGACGGAGGCCCACACCCAGUUCGGGGCUUACAACAAGACGUGCCCCCAGGCGGAGGAGAUCGUCUUCAAGGAGAUGACCGCCAUCCUCGCAAAGUCGCCGGACCUCGCCGGACCAGUUCUCCGGCUCUUCUCCGUCGACUGCUUGCUCGGAGGCUGCGAGGGGUCGAUCCUUCUGAACUCGACUGCUAACAACACGGCGGAGAAGGACGCGCCGCUCAACAAGGGCCUCCGCGGCUACGACGUCGUCGACUCUAUCAAGGCCAAGCUCGAGGCCGCCUGCCCCGGCGUCGUCUCCUGCUCAGACGUCCUCGCGCUCGCUGCGCGCGACUCCGUCCGCAUCACCGAAGGGCCGUACAUCCCGAUUCCGACAGGGAGGGAGGACGGCAACAGGUCCUCCGCCGCCGACGUGGCCCCCAACUCUCCUAAGCCGGGCGCCACCGUCACCGACCUCAUCGCCCUCUUCGCCAGGUUCAACCUCACCGCCAAGGACCUCGCGGUCCUCUCCGGCGCGCACACCAUCGGCAGGGCGCACUGCUCCGCCUUCUCGCCCCGCCUCUACAACUUCAACGGCAGCACCAACGCCUCCUCCGAUCCCACGCUCGACGCCAACUACACGGCGACUCUCCGCGGCCAGUGCAAGGCCGGCGACCUCGCCACCCUCGUCGACCUCGACCCCAGCAGCGGCACAACCUUCGACCUCGGAUACUACAGGGACGUCGCGGGCAGCAAGGGCCUCCUCUCCACCGACGCCGCGCUGCUCCUAGACGCCGACACCAGGGCCUACGUGCUGCGACAAGCCAACGCCACCGCCAACCAAGAGUUCUUCGCCGACUUCGCCGUGUCCUUCGUCAACAUGAGCAAGAUCGGCGUGCUCACGCACCACAAGGGAGAGAUUAGGAGGCAGUGCUCCGUCGUCAACCCGCCGUCGGCCCAUUCCGCGGCGCCACUGACGGCCAUGAGCGCGCACGCCGUGCUCCUCGCGACCUCGCUGAUUUCCGUGCUUGCUCUGGCGCUUGUGCUCUAGAAACUCUCUGUCGUGCAUGCCUGCUAGCACCGCAGCAACUUGUGUGAUUCAGCAUUUUGAUUUUGGUGUGUUUUUGCCUUUUUGGCAUGAUCUCUUAAUGCCUUCAAUUUGCGACUACUUUGUUUCCA